AUUUCGAAACCUCUGCAUGGAACAGUGAUGCGCUCUGAAUGUCAACAAGCAUUGACAAGUCCAUGGACCUAAACGAUUUGAGAGAUUUUUGAUACGAAUGAACGGCCCGAGAGAUGAGGAUAAAAAAUUACGUUGAUUGAUGCAUUGAUAAUUUGGUGAAUCAUGGAGAAUCAUGAGAGAUGUCAGAAUUCAUCUGAGACCGAACCAGUUUCAGUUGAUUGCAGGGUUGUCACUGUCAGAGGACAACGCACGGGCUGCCUUCAUAAGCUGGGAGACUUAAACAACAUAGUGAAAGCUUUCAUUGGUUCAAGCUAUUUGAGUUUGCCUUUUGGGUUCUUUCAGAGUGGAUUACUGUUGGGAUGCAUUUCACUGGUGAUCAUCGUUGCCGUCACUGACCACUGCUGUCAGCUCAUCGUCAAAUGUAAGAAGUAUCUCGUGGAGGAGCUAUGUGAAAAAUACGAGAGGGAGAACUCAGAGGAGGAUGAUGGGACCUACCGUCAACACCUACAAAGAGAUCUCCGCUAUGCCGACAUAGGCGGGCUAUGUUUUGGAAAAUGGGGCAUUGUGAUAGUGGAUGUCUUUCUGUUGAUAACACAAACAGGAUUUUGUGUAGCGUAUUUCAUUUUCGUUGGCAAUACUCUUCUUGCCAUGUUCCCUUUGAAGGAAGUGACAGUUCAGCUGGUUUACCCUUGGCAGAAUGUUACAGUGAACCAUACUAGGACUGAUCAUUUCUCCUUUGAUUCUGAAGGUCAUCCUAUUCAUGGCUAUAACAAUAUUGAAAGUUUCUUAGGAAAAAAUGACUUAGAUCAUGACAUGGUGGAAUUUGUGAAUAAGGAGGAUCUCGGUCCUUCUGCUACACCUUACUUCAUGGUUUUUGGAGCAGGAAAUGCAACAACCAUAACGACCACAGUGCCAGGGAAUCAUACUUCUGACACAACAAUAGGCCCCUCAACGUCUGGCAAUCAAACCACAGCUACACCCAUCACGACUCCGUUUAUGAAUACGACAACCAUCUUACCGACAAACGAGAGUCUGAUUCCAGCAACGAACACAUCUGAUCAUGUGUUUGUUAGCUCCGCACCGGACCUGAGGUGGUUGGUCAUUGCACCUCUCUUGCCAUUUAUCCUCUUCGCCUAUAUCCGUAACAUCCGCAAGCUGGGACCCAUCAGUCUAAUUGCCAAUGUAGCUAUCUUUGGUGGUUACUUUGCUAUUCUCAUUUACAUGUUGAUUGAUAUAAAGAUCGACCCAGGGGUAGUGUACUUCAAGUGGGAGACAUUUCCGGUCUUCUUUGGUCAGGUCUCAGUUGCAUUCGAAGGAAUUGGUUUGAUUCUUCCAGUGGAAGCAAGCAUGGAAGGAAACCGCAAAAACUUUCCUUUCUACCUCCAUGGUGCUCUGUUCCUCGUCUCCUGUGUCCUCUCUUCAUUCGGUAUCAUCGGAUAUCUACGCUACGGCCCUCACGUCCAACAAGUCAUCGUGAAUAAUCUGCCUCCAUUCAGUGUCUUGUCUUUGUGUGUGGACACGUGUCUCAUCCUUGCCAUUGCGUGUACUUAUCCCCUGCAGGUGUUCCCAGUCUGUCAAAUAACGGAGCAUUAUAUAUUCAGAUUAGGCAGUGCCCAUGAUACGAGUCAACUUUCAGGUCUAGUCCAGGAUAAAGAUGAAGAAGAUGAAGUUGAGUUUGACAAUGAUGGCAGUACAGAAGCAACAGCUUUAAUCGUCGUGCAACGACAAAAAGAGGUCCCGACUUGGAAAAGGAACAUCUUACGUACAAUAGUGGUGCUGGUCAUUGGAGGCUUGAGUGUUCUCCUCAGGAAUAACUUUGCAUACAUUAGUGCUUUUGUAGGAUCGUGUGGGAGCACAGCCUUGGCGUACGUGCUUCCCUGUCUCUUCCACAUCAAGAUCAAAGGCCGAGAGCUCCAUCCGGUCAUCAUCGCCAAGAACGUCAUCAUUAUCAUCUUUGGUGUUGUUGGGGGAAUAACAGGUGUUGUUGUCACAGUACAGCAGAUAAUUCACAAUUUAUGAGGAACAGUGUGGAGUGAGAUAAACUGGGUCGAUUUGGUGAAAAUUUUAGUUAAGUUCCGUGAGCAUGGGAAAUUUUUUCCAGUUCUGCCAAUUUAUAGGGCGGUCAGUUGCACGCAGGUUAUUGUCAGCUGAAUUAGCUUUUCUUUGUUUUACCAAUACUAUUCACUGCUGAUGGUCCCAAAGCCGCACGUGUCAUUCUUAUUAUGGUAGUUUUCUGCUUCUUAUCUAGAUUGGUCACAAAGAAGACAUUGCACAGUGUUCCACAAUUUGUCAAACUCUGUAUAUAAUUUGUACACUUUAUGGAAUUUGUCAAACUUCGUGAGUGAAUUUUAAUAUUUUAUAAUCAUCGAAUUGCACAUUGUGAUAUCAUAUUUCAGAUACUGUAAACAGGGUAGUUUUUGCGAAGCUAAAAUUUGCUCAUUUUCAUUUGACCAAAUUUCAUGUGUGCUGAUGAAAUUCAGUAGUUACAUGGAAUGCCUUAGACUUGACAUUUUUGCACUUUUUAUGUGUGUGUUUGUUGGUGCAUUGGCGAAAAUCGCAAAAAAAAUGAUGCAAAAAUUUCACUGUUUACAGCACAUGUAGUUUUCAAGUUUUUUUCAUAGACCCAGUCAUUUCUGAUGAAAAUUAUGUUUACAGUCAAAUAUGUCUUAUUUCUUCUCUAUUAAUUUGUGUAAAGUUACAUUAUACGAUGCAUGUACAUUUUGUAUUCUAGUCAGUCCCUGACAAUGCAGUAAUGGUAUAUAGGUUGUAUUAUGUAUGGAGGCAAAGGAAAUAUUUAAAAGAAAAAACUGAAUGAUUAUUUUAAAAA